GCCCAUACCUGGCCUUACUGAAGAAAAUCCAGACCACUACACCCAAGAGCCAAAGUGGUGAUGCAUUGAUCUUCCUGAGUGGGGCACAGGAGAUUGAAUGCUUAUUGCGGAGUGAGCGGAGCUUAUGUUACUGCUCACGAACACUCGUGUGCGUGCGUGC